UCCAAAAAAUAGCAAGCAGUGCGGCGAAGGGAAAAAACAAAAGUCCACAAAUUCAGAGGGAGACUGGGGGAGAAAGUUCUGCAAAGUUUCAAACUCCUGGGGGAUUAUAUCAGAUUACGGAUGAUAUGAAAUAAAAGUGCUACAUCUGGGGGACGAGACUGAAGGAAGAUGCAAAUGGCAAUACUAACGAGUAUGAGGAAAUGUGUACUCUGAUUGGCCAAGGAGAAUACAUUUUGAUGAGAAUGCACCUUGUAUCCCUCCAGGCAAAAAGUGAUAUAGAAUCUCAGAUUGUAUCUGCCAUCUGCCUCAUCCUCAACCAGAAAAAUGAAAAGAGGUUUCAAGAACAAAUAUACUGUCUCCCCCCCGAUAUUGUGAGCAUGGCACUUUCAGAUCACCCAAAGGGGGAAUUCAUAUCACCGAAAACGAAAAAGGAAUUCAGGGUGGAAGUCUACCCGAGUUUCAUUCCCUUCAUAGAUAGAAAAAAAUUAACUUCGCAUCCAUAUAUUUUUGCUCCUGUUUGCCACUUGGGGCAUUGGUGGUUAUGACUGAUAAAUACAACAAAGCGAAAAUGUCAUAUACUUGACCCGCUACACAAAAAAGCUCCAAGCGAUGAGAGAAAGCAGGUUAAUAAAUUCACUGGAUAUGUAUUUUCAAGAUUGAUAACAUAUGCCGGCGGGGAACCUCUGCAGAAAGGAGAGAACGAGAAGAAAAUUAAAUC